UUUUUCAUGGCACAGGUAAAGGACGAAAUGAAAAUCCAAGCAGCCAUCACAGGAUGGGCAUACACCGUCUUCUGUCUGGCUUCAUGCACUGAGGCUUUUUCUCACGGUGCAAGCCUUGAGGCUUGUGUUGAUAUGAAGCCCAGACACAUCAGAGCCCAGCUUCAGAAUCCCAGGAACAAUCACGUCACCGUCUCUACCAAUGUGUCCUCUUACUCCCCUGGUGACAAAGUGCCAGUGACCGUGAGGAGUCGUGGGGAUUUCAUGGGAUUCCUGCUCCAGGCUCGCAGAGUUUCUAAUGACCAAAUUGUUGGCACCUUCGUUUUCAUCCCUUCUGGUUCCAAACUGAUGUCUUGUUUUGAAGAGGCCAAUACAGUCACCCACUCGGACAAAUCCCCAAAGAGAAAUCUGUCUUUUGUGUGGAAGGCACCACACCAACCCACUGGGGACAUCAAGUUCUUUUUAUCAGUAGUACAGUCAUAUUUCAUUUACUGGGAAAGGAUUGAAUCAACCAUCGUGUCUCAGCAGACACAAAACAGAACACUUUCUGAUGGCAAUGUGGAGCCAGCUGCAAGCCUGCAGAAACCAAAUGGCCUAGAAGUCACAACCACAGUUUCCAGGCCCCAUAUCACUGUUACACAGCAUACACAGCCAGCAGAGUUUGCUGUUGUCAGCCCGACUGGAACAUCAGUGACAGACAGCUUGGAGCUUGUUCUUGGUGGCCUGACUACAGAGGUCCCUGCAGAUGAAGUGAAUCUUCUGAAACCCUCUUCUCUCCGUGACACGUCAGUACUGGCAAGUGGCAGUGACCAAAGAGGGCAGCUUGACUGGAACAGUCAUCCCAUAGACAGCGACCAAACCUUAGAGCCAUCACUUGAUGUCCAAGGACUGGAGAAACCUUUGACCUUGGGAAGUUUCACAUUUGAGGAUAACACCUCCAGUCACAACACACACAAUCGGACACAAGAUGGCUCAGAUUCUGGUGCUGCAGAGCGCUGCUUGCGUUGUGAUGAAGGUGAGCAGGAGAGGCCUGAGGCUUACAACCUGACUCUGACCAGACCUCCCUUCUCCAUGGGAGCUCCUUUCUCUGUUCAUCUUUCCUACUCUCAGUUUAUCAUGGUCACCAAAGCAGAGGCUCAGAACGGUGGCAGGCCCGCCAACUCCAGCAUGGCCUCAAAGGCUUCUGCUGCCUUGAGGCAGUUGGCUCUAAGGCAAUCUGGGCUUCCCAAAGCCUCUGCCAGCUUCCUGCCUCAGUCUGAGUAUGUGGAUCCCAGAGGAGAGGGCGAUGGAGAAGACAGCACUGGACUCCCUCAUUUGACCAAGCCAGUGCUCGAGACCGUAGGUGCUGGGCUAAAGGAAGAUGGCUCCCCUCCAAAGACGAGAGUCGUGACCGCCCAGCUGGGGAUCCUCCUUUGCCUUUCGGCCACUCUUGGGAUGGCUUUGGCCGCCGGCCUGCGUUGCCUCCACGCACAGUACUGCCGCCAGAGGACUGAAGUGUCUUUUGGGGAGCCCGACAGUGACAUCAUUGCAGUGAGGGACAGCGGAGAAAGAAUGCACUUCAGAAAGAUACGGGAGAACAGUGUCAUGUUAGUUCAAGCCGAAUACAACUGGGUCACCCCCAAUGGUAGAGCUAAGAGAACUGCAGUCUGAAAGCACAAGCCCAGUGGGUCUUUCCUUCAGCUCCAGAGUGUUUAUUAGCUAUAGCCCUGCUCCUAAGAAUGCUGCCUGAUCAGCGCAGCGAAUCAUAGACAAUGUUAUUUAGCAAGUAUUCAGUACAGAGAAAUGGUUGCCGGGUGGAAUAAGUAGUAUUAGCUUUAUCAACAGAGAGAGUUCUUUCAGGCACUUGUUUUCUUAACAUCUGUAAUUUAGCUCUUUCCCCCCCUCUUUUUGCAAUUAGAUGGUUCUGUUUGAAGAAUUAAACCUAACACAAUGAAUAUUGUAUAACCUACUCAUUAGCUAGCUUCCUCUGUUGCCUUAAGGACCCAGCAGCAAUAGAAAUGCUGUCCUUCCCCCUUGUAUCAGAUCAGCUCCUAUUGCUCUUGAAAAAAAAAUAAAGGUUUCUAGGUCUCUUUGUCGCUUUCAGGAAAAAGAGCAGCUGACCUUCUGAACUGCAGCCUUAGCUUUGAUAAACCCCCUUUCCUGAUACUCCACCCCACCCUACUGCAAAUACCCGAAGGAAAGUUUUCUUUUUUUAAAUGGCUAGAGUUCUGAUUUAGCUGGAUAGGUGAAAGCGAGGACAGAUGAUCUUCUCUUUGCAAACCCAAAGGCCUGGCAUGACAGCUAUGGACAUGUGGAAGCAACAACAUAAAACACUUGUGGCCAUACAUGGUCCUGUUAGGGAAUGAAUGAGACUCUUCAAACAGUGCAAAUAGAAUCUCCCCAUCCCUGGCACUGACCCUUCAAGAGAGGCGUGUUCAAUCAAUCAAACAGUAUUUUCAAAAAGCCUACUAUGUGCUAAGCCUUGCUAUUAUUUGCAUGUUGUCUCUCCCGUUAGAAUGUGAGCUUCCUUAGGUCAGGGACUGUGCCUUUGCCUUUGUUUGUAUUCUCAAUACUCAGCACAGUGCCUGGUAUAUAGUAAGAGCUUAAUAAAUGCUAGUUUGACUGAAUACAGUCAACCACUGUUGGUUUUUUGUUUCACAAAAGUGAAGCAG